AUGGGGCAUGAGUGGGUUUGGUUCGAUUCGGAGCCAGAUUAUCCCAAUGACUCUGAGCUGAGCAACGACUGCAGGUCCCUCUUCAGUUCAUGGGAUUCCAGUCUGGAUCUUGAUGUGGGCAGCUGGAGAGAAACUGAGGAGCCAGGGGCUGAGGAACUAGAGGAAAGCAGCCCAGGGAGAGAACCUAGUGAGCUGCUUGUGGGGGACGGAGGCAGUGAGGAAUCUCAGGAAGAGGCAGAGCAAGUCAGCCGCCAGAAUCUCCUCCAUUUUCUCUCUGAGGUAGCUUAUUUAAUGGAGCCAUUGUGCAUUAGCAGCAAAGAAUCAAAUGAAGGUCGCUGCGUUUCAUCUGGUACCAGACAACAAGAGGAAAGAGAAAUGGAAGCUACUGAAGGAGAAGAGCCAUGCAGAGAGCCUGAACAGCUUUCAGCUAGGCUAGACCCCAUGGUAGCUGAGAAGCCAUUGGGAAAAAAUGGAAGGCCAGAGGUGGCUCCAGCUCCCUCAGAUGUUUGUGUAAUUCAGCGACUAUCCACAGAGAGUGAAGAGGGGGAGGUUCAGCAAGAAUCCAAAGAGGAAGACCAGGGUGAAGGAUAUGUGUCAGAAAUGGAAGACCAGCCCUCUUCAACAGAGUGUGAUGAUGGCUUCAGCAUUCAGGAGACUCCUCUGGUGGAUAUCCUUUUCAGCCGUGCUACCUCUUCAACGUUAUUUUAAUUUAUUUGAGAGAGAGCGUGAGUGCACGCUGUGCAUGCACAAACAAGGAGCAGCAGGAAGAGGGCAGGAGCAACAAGUAGAGGAAGAAGAAGGCACUCCUCUGAGCAGGGAGCUCAACAUGCG